UCCAGUCUAUAAGCCUGCACUUCACUCCAUCGGUAUUACAAGCCGAACAUCCUCGCUGCUGCUCCCAGCGUAGACGUCGCCGCUUCGGUCCUCCUCUCUGCCUGGACUUUUGCACAAUAUCGUGUUCACUUGUUUGGGCUUGCAUUUGGGUCCGUGCAUAAAAGAUGUGAACCAAUAGCAGAAUGUUCACGUUGACAAGGGGCUGAUCAGUUGGAGGGUGAAGGACACGGUUAAUCGGUUAGCCACGUGGGUGCGGGUCUUACAUCGGGGAUACGGGCAACAGGGAGAGAUACUAUUGCAUCGAUAGUACGGAGUCUCCAGUUGACAUGUGCUUGUUCGUUUGAAUCAGGAUGACCGCGUACCGGAUACUUGUGUGGAAAGUUGUUUUUGUACUCGGAUAUAUUUCAAAGACUGCUGGUUUCAAGGGACAAAUCCCUAUAGGCGCCAUAUUUGAUGAAUAUACCGACGUGUUCGCAAGGACUGGUUACCAGUAUGCUAUAUCUAGCCACAGUCAAAGAGUGAAGGAAGGAAUACAAUUCUCUACUGUUUAUGACGAGGUCGACAUACACGACAACUUUAAAGUGGCUUCAAGAAUCUGUCUCCAGAUGGCAGGAGGAGUGUUCGCAUUUUACGGAAAGACAUCAAUGUCAUCAUUUAGCAUCAUACAGUCUUUCAGUAAUACGUUUCACAUGCCCUAUAUAUCAUUCAGUCUGUCGGGAACCACAGACAGUCAACCAAAACCAUAUGUGAUAUUUGUGAAACCUUCGUAUGUGGAUGCCAUGGCGGACUUAAUCAAAGCAUUCAGAUGGACGCAAUUGGAUUACCUGUACGAUUCAGAUGAUGGUCUGAUGCGAGUGCAGAAUUUACAUGCCAAGUUGAAGGACGCUGUGCCUCGAGUUGACAUGCGUUUCCGGCGAGUUGAUGACGUAACAGAUGCACAUGAAGACCUGCGCAGACUUGACAGAAACCAACAUCAAAACUGCAAAAAUAUCAUUUUGGAUUUGUCAUCAUAUCACGCCUAUAAUGAAAUGCUGAGACAGAUUCCUGAAGUGGGGAUGAAUAGAAAUGGCUACAAUUAUCUCCUUGGCACGCUGGAUAUUCUAAAUUUCAAUCUCACACGAUUUCGUCACGGGGGCGUCAACAUUACAGGAUUUCAGCUAGUUAACCACAACUCAAGGACUGUCCAAAGCUUUCUUGGCGGAUGGAGAAACCUGUCGUCAACAGUGUGGCCCGGAGCAGGGCAGGAUUUUGUUCAGGUAGAUGCAGCACUGUCAGUCGAUGUAGUUGAAGCAUUAUAUCAAGCUCUUCGGGAUAUGAUUCGACGGAACACGGAUGUGUUUAAUUAUACGUUCAGGAGACGUACAGUGUACAAUUACAACAAAACAAGAGGAAUACCAUGUGAUGAACGGCCUGUUAUUCCUUGGAUGCACGGGAGUGAUAUAUACAACUCUCUUCAAAGGGUGAAGUUUAGUGGUCUAACAGGAAAUGUUGCAUUUGAUCGGAUGGGACUCCGAACGGAUUACAGGAUGGGUGUCUUUACUGUCAGCCUUAACAAUGGACCCCAAAAGAUUGGUGAAUGGGACAGCAUAUCCGGUUUAAGAACAAUAUACGAUGCUGGUGAGCAGGGAUCCGCUAACGAAAGUUCAAAGUCAACAAAAAGUCGAAAGGUUGUCACCACUAUACUGCUUCCACCGUUCUUGGCGAAGAAGAAGACGCCUGACAACGGAAAGCCCCUCCUAGGAAACAAUAGAUACGAAGGAUUCUGCCGAGAUCUGGCUGACGAGAUUUCGGAGAAGCUGGAGUUUGACUACGAGAUCCGCGAGGUUCGCGACGGGCAGUUUGGCGAGGAUCUGAAGAAUGGCUCGUGGAGCGGAAUGAUCGGAGAACUGAGACGUGGGGUAGCUGAACUGGCAAUUGCUCCAUUAACAAUCACAGCGGAACGUGAGCGGGUGGUCGACUUCUCAAAACCCUUCAUGAACAUGGGCAUUAGCAUAAUGAUAAAGCGCCCUGACAAACAAAAGCCUGGUGUCUUUUCCUUCAUGGAGCCUUUUUCAAUUCAACUAUGGGCAUGCAUAUCUAUAGCAUACGUGGUCGUGAGCGUCAGCAUCUUUCUUGUGAGCCGAUUCAGUCCCUACGAGUGGCACAAUUUGACGUUGACAUUUGGAGACAUGAUUCAGAAUCAGUUCACGCUGUCCAACUCCUUCUGGUUUUCGAUGGGAGCUCUAAUGCUACAAGGAAGUGACCAUUGCCCAAGGUCAGCCGCUGGUCGCAUCAUUGGAGGGGCAUGGUGGUUCUUUGUGCUGAUCAUCAUAUCGUCAUACACCGCCAACCUAGCCGCCUUUCUCACUAUAGAGCGGAUGCUCACCCCAAUCAAAUCUGCUGAUGACCUUGCCAAGCAAACAGAAAUAUCGUAUGGAACAUUAAAAUCGGGAUCGACAAGGGAAUUCUUUGCGAAAACGGCAGUUCCCACAUACAGGACGAUGUACAACGCCAUGACGACGGCAACGCCGAGCCCAUUCGUAGACUCGAUCGAAGCUGGGGUGGAGAGAGUUCGCAACUUUAAAGCCAAAUAUGCAUUUUUAUUGGAAUCAACAAUGAACGAAUAUUAUAAUAAUAGGAAACCAUGUAAUACGAUGAAAGUCGGGCCCAACCUGAAUUUGAAGGGCUUCGGCAUCGCAACUCCUCUUGGCUCCGACUUGAAAGAGAAAAUCAGCUAUGCAGUGUUAAAACUGAAAGAAGAUGGCACUUUACACAAGCUUCAACAAACAUGGUGGUAUGAGAAAACAGAGUGCGGUUCCGACACAGGUCAUAGGGAAUCCAAAAAGCGGUCGCUGUCCCUAAGCAACGUUGCUGGAAUAUUCUAUAUAUUAAUAAGUGGCCUUGUGGUGUCAAUAGUAACUGGUAUUAUAGAAAUAUUCUGUUUGAAGAAAAGGCCUAUACCGGGCGCUGCUCCCGAUCAUAUAAAAAGAAAUGAUACAAGAUUAACAGUUGUCGGCACACCGCCAGAACAAAUAAAUGGACUUAUAAAUGAUGUGAGAAUACGGUGAAAAACGUUGUGUGAAUACAAUGAAACACGUUGUGAGAAUACAAAGAAACACUUUGUGAGAGUUAAAUGAAAUAUUUUGCGAGCAUACGAUGAAACUUCUUGUAAGAACAAGAUAGAAAACAUUGUAAGUAUACGAUAACACUGCUUCUUGAGAAUAGGUAAAACAAUACAGAGAUUAGACGAAGUACAUGCCUAAACAAGAGGAUGCCAUUGUAAACAAACCAAUUACAAUGUCACAACGACUACGAGACUCUGAGAUCUGCAAUACAGUAUCGUGAGAACGGCAAUACAGCACAGUGAGAUGUUCAACGCUGCACUCUGAGAUCUACAAUACAUCCAUAUGAGAUCUGCACAAAGUAGUUUUCUAAAAAUAUGAACAUGAUAUAUAGUCGUAAAAAAGGUAAAUGAUGUAUGCAGACCGGCAUGCGAAUAACACGUUCUUAUGAAGUUGAUGGACGAAAAGUUUGUUCAGUAGGGUGAAUGUGGCUUUUAAAUCUCGUUAAGAUGUUUACUAGACAGUAAGCCAGGAUAACUGUAUGGACGAUCACUGAGCACUGAUUCAGUGCCAGAUUUACCUUCAUGGGUAUGUUUUUUGUGUAUUUUCAGUUGCCACAGGUUUUUUCGUGUGCCCUUAAUAUCUGCUGACAACAUAUUGCAUCGGUAUUUUUGUAAGAUCUAAAAGGUGAAUCUCUCUCCUCUGUACCGCUGUUGAUGCUUUUAUACUAAUUCGACAUGGGAAUGACUGCACACAAACCGACAUGUUGACGUGCACGCAAUUUGAAUUGAAAAUAAACGUUUACUGAAAUUAAUCCUCUUAUAUGAUCAUACCUCAUUGCUAUAGGAAAAGUAUUCCAUUUCAGGAAACGACAAAAAAUAUGCUUAUUUUUUACAUAUUAAUGUCAAGAUUGAUUACUACCAGCAAGCUCAAAGGGAUGAAAUAAACUAAAAUUAUUAUUUAUGUAAAUAUGAGAAGUGUCAUGUGCAUAAUUGAAGUACUUCGCAUGUUCAUUUGUAAUUUGAAAUUGUUGAUUUGGAAAAAGGUCUGUUAUAAGACACACCACUGCACAAUGAGAUAAAUCAAUAAAACACACGAGCUGUAGGCUGCAGAAGAUUGAAUGGUAUAUCAUCCUUCAUACAUUCAAUUUAUGGAGCUGGCACCUCAUUCAUCAAGCACAAAGAUAACACUGGAAACGAUGCACUGGUUGUUUCAACAGAAAGUUAUUUUCAUUUACUUCUGUUGUGUAGCCGGUUGACGUUUCGUUCAGAUAAGAAUUCUUCUGACUUCUUUUAACCGAAAUAUCCUGAGUUUGGUUAGGUGGCCAGAUAACUAGAAAUUGAACUUAAGUAAUCGGUAAAAUAACUGAACCAACAAAAUUGAUACCAAUAUACACCAGGAAUUUAAAUUGCCUGACCAGCUUUUUGCUGAUGCUUUUCGUUUGAAGGUUUAAAUUAUCUAACUAGUGAUUUUGAAUGUCUGCUAUAUGUUUUUUGACAUGUUGGUGUAUAAUAAAAUAUUACGUUAUAAUGCAUAUUUUCAUACGGAUGUGCAUUUAUUGUGUAAGUGUAUGAUGAUGCAUAUGGUAAAACAAACAAUUGUAUACGUAUGAAGGCGUUGAUACUUUGAAAUAUUCCAUUCAGGUGUGGUAGUACAUCUCCGGGACUGAGACAAUUACAUGUAGCUAAACGGCGUUGUACGUCAAAAACAAUUUCUAAGGACAAUAUUUUGUAUCUUGCACACAAUCACAUGCCUCGAUAAAUGUUUCACUUUGUCAGUCGAACAGUGAACACAGACCCCCUUGUAUCUUUCGUGAUGAGUGCCUCGUGUAAAUAUUCAUGGUACUCGACUUCUUUGUACAAACAUUUUCACAUUUCAUGUACAACUGAUACCCUUGAAUGUAAAUAAAGAAUAUAUCUCUUUUU